CGAUUAACUUAAAUUCAAUAAUGUAAUGAGUUCCUAUUUAACUCUGACUCAAAUCAUCGAGAGAGACACAUUUAUAAAUGAAAAAAAUUCAUGGGUUCUAAUAUAUUCAACAGCAAAACGCUUAAAUAAUUAUUUAAAAAUCGCAAAUUACCUAGCUCCAAAUUUUGAUUAUAUCAAAAACUAUGAAAUUUUGAUCGAUGUAAAUUUCGGAACAGUCGAGAUUGUUUCUAACCAGGAACAAAUAGUUACGGAGGAUAAUCAUGAAGUGUGGAGGACCAAGAUCGCCCAGAAUAACCUAAUUCUGUCACAAAUCGAGCUGACGGGUGAUCAGAUAGACCAUCUUCACGAAGACAUUCUGAAUCUCGAGAAAAAGAUGGUCAGCACUUUAGGCCUCAAAAUUUUGAAUGCUUUAUUCCACAAGGAAACAGAUAUAGCGCAGAAUUCUCUACCGAUCAAUUUGGCUUAUCGCCCAGAUCCCGUGGACGGACCGUCGAUGACAACUCGUGCAGUCAAAGAAAAUGACGAACGCGAUGACGUCAUAAAGAAUAUCGACUCCGGUAACAAUUACGUCUACAUACCUAACUGUAGGAAUAACAAUCUGGUGAGCGAGGAGUUGAUAAACCUCCUGGACGCCAUGAUAUUGGAUCAGCCCCAUUCGGAAUCCAAUUCAUCCUCGAAACAAAUGAAAGAAACCCGAAUGAUUUGCCAUGACGAGGGCAUAGAAUCCGACACCGUAUCCGGGAAAAGUGAUAAUCCAAAAGAAAAUGGCGAUUACAUAACUCACAAAAAAACGAUAAGUAACGAUUCCUUUACGACCAGCGAAAAAUCUUACAACUCUCUGACAGCCUUGUCCACGUCUUCCGACGAAGAGAGUCAUAAUCAUACCAAUGAUGGCGAUAAUAAUUUGAAGCAAAAGUUAGUCGGGAAUGGAGCUAGUUUAGACCAACGAGAAGUACCAGUUGAGCAAAAUGGAGGAUUAUCUUUAAAAGAACUCUUAAAAAAAUGUACCGACAGAGAGAGAUCCAUCUACCCGUUUCUAAACGCUAGACAAAUCGAAAUCAAAUACGAGAAUGAUUGCAAAAUGUUAGCCAUGGGAACAGAUUCAGCUUUAAAAGCCAAUCCGAUCGAGAAAAUCUUCAGAAGCUCUAACAUCGAUCUUAAAGAUAUAACGGAUCAAGAGACUAGUAUCCCUUUGAAAAAAUUUAUUCCCCUUGACCUGAAUGAAAAAAUCGAAUGGGAAAAUUUUUUACAUAGCGUAAAUCUCAGAAAAAUUUCUAGUCCCCAUAGCUCUAACCAAGAAAUGACUCCGAGCCAUGAUAUUACGACCCCAUCAAGAUACGCAGCCAUCCAUGAUUUCGAGUUGAAUAAAACUCUUUACGGAAACAUCAUGGAGGAACUCAAGUUCAAUCUACCGGCAUUGAAGAAGUGUCCUCUCACCGAUAAUGACAACAAAAAAUUUAGCCAUCAAGAUGCCCACUCAGUAUUGAUCGACGAAUUAAGAAACACGAGACCACUCUUGACUCCAAUCCCGAAAUCGAAAGAUGACCAUCAUUCAAAUUCCGUUAAAACUAGAAGAGAAGAUUUGAAUAAACACGAAAAGUUGAUGCUCGAUAUAAGGAGCGGAUCCAAACUUAGACCCGUUAAAACGAUAGAUAAGACGAUGCCAAAAAUAGUUAUAGAUAAAGUUUUUAGCAAUGUUUCCGAUGAGUUCGGAGGUUAUAUGACAUCAAAUAGUUUUGACGGGGAUUCAAUGUAUCAAACUAUUUCCCUAAAUAUCGAAGAUAAUGAAUAUUCGGAUGAAACAUAUUUGGAAACUAAAAUUUUGACUCAUCAAGGAAUUCGAGUAGUUAGGCGGAAAAGUAUAGCAACAAACAACCCGCGUUUUAGUCAACAGUUCAACAGGAGAUCAUCUUUAUUCGUUUAUCAAAGAGAUAAGUUUUCCGGCAAUUCCUCUUCAUCCCCUUAUCAAAUUCGAAACAUCGCUAACGCUAACACGAAUACCGCUGACAUAUAUAACGAUUUAAAUAUCGACAAAAACCCGGACAUUUUUCUACGCAUGAACACUCGCCUCAAUCCGGACAUGUUGUCCGUUCAGAGGAGUACAAGUCUAAGAUAUAAUAAAAAUUCGGCCGUCCGUUACGAUAACGCUACUGUCGGCGACAUUAACGGAAUCCAAAAUGGUCAUUCCGAUAUUAAAAGGAUGAUCUAUAAAAAUAAGAACACCGAAUGGAAUCGUCCGAGUUUUAAUGGCGCCAAGAGUCGAAGUAACACGAUACACCUAAAUUUUCCCGAAUUUUGUCACAUCAGGAAAGCCCUAUAUUCCGCACGCCUCGAAUCUCAUUUCACUUCCGACCCUAAACUAUACAGAAAUCUCAAACUUAAAAAGGUAUGCCAUGAUUGUAAAAAGGCCUUAUGGUCCAUCUUUGGUCAACAAGGAGUAGUAUGUUCGAUCUGUACAAAGAUUCUAUGCACUCGUUGUUAUGAAAAGAUCAUGAUAACGGCGUUACAUCUUAGCAACAUAUCUACAAAAUCGCUCACACCUAGCGAAUUAAAGGAUGAAAAGGUGCAAAAAUGUCAAAAUUUUUUCAAAACCAAUUACGAAAUUCCGGAAAAUAAUUAUAGCGUACUCAACACGCCCAAUAUGCUUAAAAAUCACAAUUCCGUUGACAAACCCUAUAAUAAAGAUACUACUGAAAAUGUAAAAGAUGCUUCUCCUAGCGUUUUUUUGGAGUCUCACGUCAAAGAAAAUCGCGUGCCAUCCUUCAAUUCCUCUUUCAAUUCGGCCGACAGUUCUUCUUCCAAUAACUAUUCGUCAGCAUCAUGUAUUUCGAAUGCGGAUAAAUCCACGAUUAUCCAGAAAAAAAGUCCUUGUUCGAAUCAUAAGUUAAAUAUUACCGAAGAUGAUAUAUUUAUUCCGCUCAAUCCUAUAAUGGUUUGUGAAGAAUGUAUGAUUAUUUUAAGAAGAUCUUAUUUGUUAACGAAAUUAGCUAAAAAAUGAAAUCACACCCUUUACCCAUCUUAUUUAUAAACGCUAAAUUAUAAUAUAAUGAAUUACUAAAUAUUUGAAAGUUAUAAUUUGUAUCUAUAUUUUUUUUUACUAAACACACGUUUUUCAUUUUUUCUUUACAAGUCGGGUUUUAUAAGAAGCCAUUAUUGUACAAAUUUUAUACUUAUAAUGACGGAGAAAAAUUUAAAGUUAAAGACGGCAUAAUAUAUUUAUAUAUAUAUUUAAAAAUAUAUAAUUAUAGUUUCAUAUCGAAGUUAUGCUGAAGUUCAUAAAUUAUAUGGCA